AUGGGCUCCUGGGCCUCACAGCAGCAGGCUUCCCCACCUACCGCUGGGCUCCUGGGCCUCACAGCAACAAGCUUCCCCACCUACCGCUGGGAUGGGCUCCUGGGCCUCACAGCACUAGGCUUCCCCACCUACCACUGGGAUGGGCUCCUGGGCCUCACAGCAACAGGCUUCCCCACCUACCACUGGGAUGGGCUCCUGGGCCUCACAGCAGCAGGCUUCCCCACCUACCGCUGGGAUGGGCUCCUGGGCCUCACAGCAGUAGGGUCUCCCACCUACAGCUGGGAUCGGCUCCUGGGCCUCACAGCAGUAGGGUCUCCCACCUACCGCUGGGAUGGGCUCCUGGGCCUCACAGCAGCAGGCUUCCCCACCUACCGCUGGGAUGGGCUCCUGGGCCUCACAGCAGUAGGAUCUCCCACCUACCGCUGGGAUCGGCUCCUGGGCCUCACAGCAUACUGGCCAUUUUCUGCUUCCGAUCUUUACAAUUGGAAAACCCAUAACCCCUCUUUCUCUCAGGACCCCCAGGCUCUGACUGGGCUGGUCGAGUCAAUUUUAUUGACUCAUCAGCCCACCUGGGAUGAUUGUCAGCAGCUUCUGCAGACCCUCCUCACUACUGAGGAAAAGCAGCGUGUCUACCUUGAGGCACGGAAAAACGUCCCUGGAGCAGAUGGCCGACCGACCCUACUGCCAAACGAAAUCGAGGAGGCGUUUCCCUCAACCCGUCCUGAUUGGGACUACACCACCGUUGCUGGUAGGGAGCAACUUCGUCUUUACCGCCAGAUUCUCCUUGCGGGUCUCAGAGGGGCUGGAAAGCGCCCCACCAAUUUGGCCAAGGUACGUGCAGUAGUACAGGGGGCUGAGGAAACGCCGGCAGGCUUCCUAGAAAGAUUAAUGGAAGCCUACCGUAUGUACACCCCGUUUGACCCCCUGGCAGAGGACCGGCAGGGAGAUGUAAUCAUGUCCUUUAUAGGACAGUCAGCGCCGGACAUCCGCAAUAAAUUGCAGCGGCUAGAGGGGCUUCAGGGGUAUACUAUACAAGAUUUAAUGAAGGAGGCAGAAAAGAUUUACAACAAAAGGGAGACCCGAGAGGAGAAGGAGGAAAGGAUCCGCAAGGAGCAGGAGGAAAGGGAAGACAAAAGAGACAAAAGACGUAAUCGAGAGCUUAGUAGAAUUUUGGCCACCGUAGUGCAGGAUACAGAAAGGAGUAGACCAGGACAGAAUAGGGACUUGGGAGACAAACGAAAGCCUCGGGUGGAAAGAGAUCAAUGUGCCUAUUGUAAAGAAAGAGGACACUGGGUCAAAGACUGCCCGAAGAAAACACAGGGACCAAAGAAGAGACCAGUUCCAAUCCUGUCCCUGGAAGAAGACGACUAGGUGAGUCAGGGCCAGGAGCCCCCCCCUGAGCCCAGGAUAACCCUUGAAGUGGGGGGCAGACCGGUAACCUUCCUGAUUGACACGGGAGCCCAGCACUCGGUACUGACUUCAGAAAAAGGGCCUUUAAGCUCCAAGACUUCCUGGGUUCAGGGGGCAACUGGAGGGAAGUUAUAUCGCUGGACAACCAAUCGAGAGGUCCAGUUAAGUACAGGACUUGUGACACACUCGUUCUUACUAGUGCCAGACUGCCCCUACCCCCUCCUGGGCAGGGACCUACUCUCGAAGGUAGGAGCCCAAAUUCACUUCCAUGAGAAAGGAGCUACCAUCACAGACUCAGGAGGGCGGCCCCUCCAGGUAUUAACACUACGCUUGGAGGACGAACACCGAUUAUUCGAGAGGCCCUCGUCCACCAUGGCUCCCAUGGACCCCAAGUGGCUCACAGAUUUUCCUCAGGCCUGGGCAGAGACUGCGGGAAUAGGGCUGGCCGUCAACCGGCCUCCCUUGAUCAUAGAUCUGAAGCCCACGGCCAUUCCCGUGUCAGUUCGUCAAUAUCCGAUGGGCAAGGAAGCUAAGGAAGGUAUCCGGCCACAUAUCCAGAGACUGUUACACCUAGGCAUUUUAAAACCUUGUCGUUCACCUUGGAACACCCCCCUACUACCAGUAAAGAAGCCUGGUACGGGUGACUACCGCCCGGUACAGGACUUGCGGGAGGUUAAUAGGAGAACGGAGGAUAUGCAUCCCACAGUGCCCAACCCCUACAAUCUGCUAAGUACCUUGCCUCCGACCCACGUAUGGUACACUGUGUUAGAUCUAAAAGAUGCAUUCUUUUGUUUAAGACUGAGCCCUCAGAGCCAAUCCAUCUUUGCUUUUGAGUGGAAAGACCCAGAGACCGGGUUUUCAGGACAACUCACCUGGACAAGGUUGCCCCAAGGAUUUAAAAACUCGCCUACCUUGUUUGACGAAGCUCUGCACCUAGAUUUGGCCGACUUCCGAGUUAACCAUCCGGACCUGGUCCUCCUGCAAUAUGUGGACGACCUCCUCCUUGCCGCUGAAACUGAGCAGGACUGCCUAAAAGGUACCGGGGCCCUGCUACAGAGACUGGGGGAAUUGGGCUAUCGAGCCUCCGCGAAAAAGGCCCAAAUAUGUCAGAAACAGGUGGCCUACCUAGGCUACCUCCUAGAAGGAGGGCAACGGUGGCUGACAGAGAGCCGAAAAAGGGUGGUUGCUCUAAUUCCACCCCCCACCGAUGCCAGAAAGAUGCGGGAAUUCCUCGGGAGUGCGGGAUUCUGCCGCCUUUGGAUUCCUGGGUUUGCGGAGCUGGCAGCCCCAUUGUACCCCCUCACGAAGUCCAAUGCUCCCUUUCAAUGGAGAGAAGAGCAACAGCGGGCGUUUGACAACAUAAAAAAGGCCCUAUUGUCAGCCCCAGCCCUGAGCCUCCCAGAUAUGACCAAGCCCUUCACAUUAUACGUGGAUGAGAAUAAGGGAGUGGCGAAGGGAGUGCUAACACAAAUGCUUGGACCCUGGAAAAAGCCGGUGGCAUACUUUUCAAAAAAGCUAGACAAUGUAGCGGCCGGCUGGCCUCCGUGCCUCCGCAUGAUAGCGGCCGUGGCAGUUCUGGUGAAAGACUCGGAUAAAUUGACUCUAGGCCAACCUCUCACCAUAGUGGCACCUCAUGCUGUGGAGACAGUUAUCCGCCAGCCACCAGAUCGGUGGCUCUCAAAUGCUCGGAUAACUCAUUACCAGACUAUGUUAUUAAACUCAGAGCGGGUCCGGUUUGGGACUGCCACCUCCUUAAACCCGGCCACCCUGCUCCCGGAACUGGGGCCCCAGGCCCAGGUAAUCCAUAACUGUCAUCAAAUCCUGGCUGAGGCCCACGGCACCCGAAAAGACCUAACCGACCAGCCUCUGCCGGAUGCCGAAAUGACCUGGUUCACGGAUGGGAGCAGCUUUCUACAGAACGGUGAGCGGAGGGCUGGGGCAGCGGUGGUGGAUGGAAAAACUGUUAUCUGGUCAAGUGCCUUAAAGCCUGGAACUUCUGCUCAAAAAGCCGAGCUCAUAGCCUUAACUCAAGCUUUAAAACUGGCACAAGACAAAAAGGUCAACAUUUACACAGACAGUCGGUAUGCUUUCGCCACUGCCCAUGUACAUGGGGAGAUAUACCGGCUAAGGGGCCUCUUAACCUCAGCAGGCAAGGACAUUAAAAAUAAGCAGGAAAUCCUAGAUCUUCUACAGGCCCUGUUCCUGCCCAAAAUGUUGAGUAUAAUUCAUUGCCCCGGGCACCAACGAGGAGACGACCCCGUAGCAAGGGGAAACAGGAUGGCAGACGAGGCCGCUAGGGCGGCAGCCCUGAGCCAACAGGUGCUCCCGUUAAAGACAAUUGAGCCCACCCAAGUAUCGAGGGAACCACCUUUCCUCUAUUCGGACCAAGACUUAGAUACGAUCCAGCGCCUCCAUCAAUGGACUCAUUUGGGACACAAAAAGCUAAAAGCAGCCUUACAGGAAGAUAGGCAGUCUUAUUACAUCCCCGGACUUGACUCUUUAGUCCAGCAGGUGACUGAAUCCUGUGUUCCGUGUGCCAAGGUAAAUGCCAGACACCUCAAGCUCCCGGAGGGAGCUAGGGUAAGAGGAGACCGACCAGGAAUCAACUGGGAGGUCGAUUUCACUGAGAUAAGGCCGGGCAGUUAUGGGAAUAAGUAUCUUCUAGUUUUUGUAGACACCUUCUCCGGAUGGACUGAGGCAUUCCCCACAAAACGGGAAACCGCCCAGGUGGUCGUCAAGAAGAUCAUAGAGGAGAUCUUCCCCCGGUUCGGCUUGCCUAAGGUAAUCGGGUCCGACAAUGGCCCAGCGUUUGUCUCCCAGGUAAGUCAGUUGGUGGCCAAAGCAUUAGGCAUAAAUUGGAAAUUGCACUGUGCCUAUAGACCCCAAAGUUCAGGACAGGUAGAAAGAAUGAACAGAACAAUUAAAGAGACCUUGACCAAAUUAGCGUUGGAGACUGGUGUUAAAGACUGGGUCCAACUCCUCCCUAUGGUGUUGUUCCGGGUCCGAAACACGCCCUCUCAUUGCGGGCUGACACCAUACGAAAUCCUUUAUGGAGGGCCCCCACCAGUAGCAGGCUUGCUUGACCUUGCCAGUGACUCUGUUGCCGAUGCCCCUAAGUUACAGGCCCGGUUGAGAGCACUCCAGAUCAUCCAGAACCAGGUCUGGAAACCUCUUGCAGCAGCCUACCAACCCAAGACGACAACCAUUCCACAUCCUUUCCAAAUCGGUGAUGCUGUGUAUGUCCGAAGGCACCAAUCUAAGACUCUAGAGCCCCGGUGGAAAGGCCCCUUCACUGUGCUGUUGACAACUCCCACCGCUCUCAAGGUCGACGGAAUCGCUGCUUGGGUCCACGCCUCACACGUGAAGCGAGCACCACCUCCCCAGGGCCCCGAGGAUCCGGACAGACCAGCCAAAUGGAAGCUCCAGCGCACUCAGAACCCACUCAAGCUAAGACUUUCAAAAACUGUUUAAUAUUUGUGAUGUUCCUGGCCUUUCCCCAUUGUUUUUCCAAUCCCCAUGCUCCACAAUUGUUAACGUGGAACCCAACCCAGUCCAGCAAGAACAGAGUUCCCUCCCUCCAGUGAGGCAGGCUCUCCCCAGGCCGGUCCAAUAGAUUUUAGGAUUAAAAUCUUUGCAAAAAGAAAAGGAGGGAAUGAAGGACCCUUAUGGGGGAGAGGGACAAGAAACUAGGCCUGGGCAGAUAUCAGGGGCUUCUUAAGAGGUUAGAUGUUCCCCAGAGUCCAGCGGGCAGGACGUUCUCUGGGAAGGAAAAGUCAAUCCCCUUCAGAGAACCUCUAGGCAUGCCCAGAGCAGAGCUGCCACUCUCCUCAGCACUCUCCUCAGCACGUUCCC